UUCAGUUUCCACACAAUUUAUUUACAACAUAGCAUGCGUGGGUGUGUUACAAAUUUAAUUAUUUAUUAAAAGUUUCAAACUUUUCAUGACUUUAAUUCAUUUUUUUUAACUCUUGAGAAAAGGGUUUCACAAGGUGUUGUUUGUUAAGAUCUUUGAUUUUUUCAAAGGAAGAUGAAUUGCUACUAUGGAUAUCCACAGAUGAACACCACAAUGUCAAGCUAUGAGGAAGUGAGAAUGGAAUCAGUUGUUUGUCCUAAACCACGUCGGUUGGGUGUGUCAAACCAUCAUUCUUCCAUCAACACUCAUAUUAGACCCUUGAGGUGUCCUAAUCCUAUAAGCUACCUAUCUGAGAUUGAAGAUUCAGGAGUUGGGGCAGAACUUUUUGACAUCAUCAAUCCUAAGGGAAGCUGUUAUCCGGAUAGAUCAGCUGCUGAUAAAUUGUUGGCAUCGUCGCCGCCAUAUUUCAUUGGAUCUCCACCUAGUAGGGCCUCAAACCCUGUAAUUCAAGAUGAGCAAUUUGGUAAUGGGAAUUUUAGUAGUCCAUUUACCGUGGUGGCAUCGUCUUCGCCAUCGGCUCGAGGUUGUGGAGUUCCAAUGAAAUUUGGCAACACACCAGCUGCCGUUAGGGUUGAAGGUUUUGACUGUCUUAGAAGAGAUAGGAGGAGCAACUGCAGUAUCUCAGCUGUUGCCUAGUCCAUUUUUGAAGAACAAAAGUAAUAGAAAAUAGAGAGAGAGAACUCAAUACCAAGAAUCAGCAGAGGAGUUUUUUGUUUCCUUUGGAAAGAGGAUCUAAUCUUUUAAUAAUUCACUGUUGUUAGAGUAUUGUAUGAUGUAUAUAUUUUUGUGAUGUUCAUGUUAUAAUGCUCAUGGCAUGAAUGAGUAUGGUGUCAAUCAAUAAAAUAGGACAAAGGCAAGAGUAAGAACAAGGCAAACAAAGCCACUUUCUUCUGUCUUGUUAUUAGGUUUUGUGGAGAGUUUAAAGUUGUUUUUGUGUAUUAUGUCACUCAGAUCCUUCCUAUGUAAUUGUGUAAUUUGGAGGAAAUUGAGGAUAAAUGUUUGGAAUA